AUGUUGGCUGUGAGAAAUAGGACAAAGCUGAUAGUCGGCAUUGACUACGGAACAACAUAUUCAGGUCUCAGUUUUGCGCUCUCUAAUGCCGCAGACUUCAAAGACAUUCACCCAUGGACAAAAUAUCCCGGCUCGUCAACUCACAUCGCAGAACACUGCCACAAAGCUCCAUCAUGGGUCGCCUUCAAAGAUGAGAAUCCCGAUCUCGACGAGAACGCAUGGGGCUAUCAAAUCGAACCUGGUAUGAAGACUUACGCAUGGACCAAACUCCUCUUAGAUGAUCAAGCACUCGCGACAGAAUAUGAUGAUCCAGAUCUUAACAAGGCCGCUGGAAAUGGACUCAUGAGGUUACCCGCUGGUAGAACUGCAAAAGACGUGGUCACUGAGUACCUGAAGGGGAUGCAUUCCAUGUAUAAGAAAGCGGUGAUUGAGAAGAUUGGGGAGGAUAUCCUUGAGGAGAUGCCUGUUGACUUUUGGUUGACUGUUCCUGCGACUUGGACGGAGAGAGCGAAACUAAUUACUAGGGCUGCUGCUUUGGAUGCUGGCUUUGCGUCCAGACCUAUUGAUCGUUUGAGCUUGAUCACAGAACCAGACGCGGCUGCGCAUAUGGCUUUGAAGUCCAGCAUUCAUCACGUUGAAGAUCUCAUUGAUGUCGGCACGGGCGUGAUGGUUUGUGAUCUUGGCGGUGGUACUGUCGUAGGUCCAGCUUUACUCAAGGUCUUGUAUCCUGCUAACAAGGCUAGGAUAUCACGACAUCGGAAAUAG